AUGUGUCCCACGCACGUUCAAGCUUCCGUACUCCACGGCGAGCGCGACAUUCGCAUUCAAGACCGAGAGCUCGAAGCCCCCUCCAGCAACGAGGUCCAGGUCCGCGUCUCAUCCACCGGCCUCUGCGGCUCCGACUUACACUACUACAACCACUACCGCAACGGCGACAUCAUCGUCCGUGAGCCUCUCACCCUGGGCCACGAGUCCAGCGGCACCGUCGUCGCUGUCGGCGAUGGCGUCACUGACCUGGCCCCCGGCGACCGCGUCGCUCUCGAGGUCGGCCAGCCCUGCGAGGCCUGCGAGUACUGCCAGUCCGGACGCUACAACAUCUGCCGCGGCAUGAAGUUCAGGAGUUCGGCCAAGGCCUUCCCCCACGCCCAGGGCACCCUGCAAGAGAAGAUCAACCACCCUGCCCGGUGGUGCUACAAGCUGCCCGCCGAGGUCUCAAGCGACUUGGGAGCUCUGAUCGAGCCUCUCUCCGUCGCCAUGCACGCCUUCGACCGCGCGGCCCUGCCUCCCUCGCCUACCGUCCUCGUCUUCGGAGCCGGCGCCGUCGGUCUCCUGGCCGCCGCGGUCUCCAAGGCCAACAACGCCCAGACCGUCGUCAUCGCGGACAUCCUCAAGGACCGCGUCGACUUCGCCGUGGCCAACGGCUUCGCCGACGCCGGCGUCGUCGUCCCCAUGGCCCGCCCCCAGACCAUCGACGAGAAGCUCGCCUACGCCCGCGAGGUCUCCGAGACCAUCAAGGCCACCAAGGUCAACGGCCAGGAGGUCGGCGAGGUCUCCGUCGUCUACGAGUGCACCGGCGUCGAGACCUGCGUGCAGACAUCCAUCUACUCCGCCAAGCCCGGAGGCAAGAUCAUGAUCAUCGGCAUGGGCAACCCCAUCCUCACCCUGCCCAUGUCCGCCGCGGCGCUGCGCGAGGUCGACCUCGUCGGCGUCUUCCGCUACGCCAACACGUACCAGCGCGCCAUCGAGAUGCUCUCCAAGCCCCCCAAGGCCCUGCCCGACCUGACCAAGCUCAUCACGCAGCGCUUCACCGGUCUCGAUCACAUCCAGGACGCCUUCAAGAUGGCCGGGCAGAUCAAGGACGCGGACGGGAAUCUGGUCAUCAAGGUAUUUAUCGAGCUGCCCGAGUCGUCGUGA